ACUGGACUACAUAAUAAAUAAGACGUAAACUUAUCUUUCUUCUUUAUUAUUGUCUAGUACUAUCUAAUCUUUUGUACCAAACAUGUCACUAAUAUCCUGUUUUCCCUUAUUUUCGAAAAAAAAAAAAGUUGGUGGUUUUAUUUACUAUACUUAAAUGUGCAGACACACAUGCCAAUAAAAUACCACUUGAUUGGAAUAUAAGAAUGAAAAUAGCAGCUGGUACAGCAAAAGGAUUAGAGUAUUUGCAUGACAGGAUUAAACCACCUAUUAUAUAUCGUGAUCUGAAAUGCUCUAACAUUUUGCUUGGGAAAGGAUAUCAUCCUAAAUUAUCUGAUUUUGGUUUGGCGAAAGUGGGCCCCUCUGGAGAUCAGACACAUGUUUCGACUAGAGUAAUGGGAACUUAUGGUUACUGUGCACCAGAGUAUGCAAUGACGGGAAAACUGACAUUCAAAUCAGAUAUUUACAGCUUUGGGGUUGUUCUUUUGGAGAUAAUCACGGGCAGGAAAGCCAUUGAUAAUACGCGGACUGAUGCCGAGCAGAAUCUGGUUGCAUGGGCUCGACCGUUAUUCAAGGAUAGAAAGAAAUUCCACCUAAUGGCUGACCCUGCUCUAGAUGGUCAAUAUCCUAAAAGAGGCUUAUACCAAGCCCUCGCAAUUGCUGCAAUGUGCAUCCAGGAGAAACCUAAAAUGCGGCCUCUCAUUUCUGAGGUCGUUACAGCAAUGGAUUAUCUUGCCUCCCGGACAUAUGAUCCUGAUGACUCUCCGACCCAGGAACAGCGAAGGAAGCGAUCUACUCAUCAACUUAAAAAAGAUGCACAGAUCUCUGGAACCAAGUCAGAGUACUAAUUUAAGUGGAUCCUAAUUUUUCUUACGGCGUGCCCUCAGUUUUUGUGCAACACCUGCUCUUACGUUGCCCAAGACUCCCCAAGAGGAGAUGACGGAGUAAAAGAUUAUCAGGUCAACUGUUUCCACUACAAGUUGUUAACCUCACCUGCUCUGCAGUUCCUGACCCAUAAGUACACAACCGAGUUCUUUUUUGAAGGUAAAACUCUACAACAGUCUCUCGGUGACUGCAAAACACACAAAUGGAUUCAGUCAGUUGCAAUGAAAAUUAGUUCUUGGUAUUGAAUGGCCGAAAAGAAAGGAUUAAUUUCAAGUGCUGAACUUGCCCUCUUUCAACGGCUGCUAUCAGGGCUUUUCAAGACAAAAAUGGAAUCAAGUUUUUCCGGUGGGUCACUUUUCCACGUGCAGUGCUGAUGCGAUUCCUUGUCAUGCUUGUAAACACCAAUUACUUGUCUUCUCUUUUCAUCGUAUUUUGUUGUGGUCAUGUAAUACAUGAAAGGCUUCUGGCCAGGGUGCUUGCUCACAGGUCUCGUAUUGAAUGCAUAUGCUGUGUAACCAUCUCUUCGGUACCAGUUAAGAAAUGUUCGUGUUGGCAUUUCCAGUUCUCUCGGGGAAAUGACUCCUCGAAUGAUUUGAACCACGAAGCCCCAUGACACAGAGAUCGACCAGUACUGUUUCUCAUUGUAGCAGAUUGAUUGCUGAAUUAUGCUGGCAGAAUCCAGCUUGACGGAUUCAAACAGGUUUUUGAGGCCUUGGACUCGAGUUUUGCCUGGAAAUAUUGGAUUCACUACAUCAAGAUGGUGAAGUGACACAACUGGAGUCACUGGGUGAGCUCCCAAGAGGCCUAAUAGGUUUCCAUACACAUCAUACUUCAUUACAAUAGAACAAUAAUUACUGGCAAAUGCUAGGUCUGAGAUUCCAUGUAAAUAAAGAGCACAUUCUGUUCAGUUUAUGCAUUAUCAUUGAAGAAAUGAUCACUCUAAUCAAAGCAAUAUGACUAUUAACCAUACUUUUGCUCU